CGGAGCCCCUUUGACCGAGCGCUGAAGCGGAAGCAGAAGAACUGGGCGGCGCUGCAGCCCGAGCCCGCCAAGUACAAUUACCUCAGGGAGGAGGUUGGUGGCAGAGUAGCAGACCGGGUGUUUGACAUUGCCAGAACGUUCCCUCUUGCUUUGGAUGUUGGUUCUGGAAGUGGCUACGUAGCUCAGUAUCUCAACAAGGAAAUAGUUGAAAAACUUAUUCAAAUGGAUGUGGCAGAGAAUGCACUGAAAAAUACUACGGAAUCUGAAAUCCCCACUUUCAGUGUUAUAGCUGAUGAAGAAUUCCUUCCCUUCAAAGAAGACACAUUUGAUCUUGUUGUUAGCAGUUUAAGUUUGCACUGGGUAAAUGACCUUCCUGGAGCUUUUAGAGAGAUUCAUCAAGUCCUUAAACCAAAUGGAGUAUUUAUUGGUGCCAUGUUUGGAGGAGAAACGCUGUAUGAACUUCGCUGCUCUUUGCAGCUCGCAGAACUUGAAAGAGAAGGAGGAUUCGCUCCACAUAUAUCUCCCUUCACUGCUGUCACUGACUUAGGACAUCUGCUGGGAAGAGCUGGCUUUAACACGUUGACUGUGGAUACUGAUGAAAUUCAAGUCAACUAUCCAGGAAUGUUUGAAAUCAUGGAAGAUUUGCAAGGUAUGGGGGAGAGUAACUGUUCUUGGAAUAGGAAACACAUGCUACACAGAGAAACAAUGUUAGCAGCUGCAGCAAUAUAUCAAGAAAUGUAUGGAAAUAAUGAUGGGUCAGUACCUGCUACAUUUCAGAUUUAUUACAUGAUAGGCUGGAAAUUCCAAGAGUCACAGGCAAGACCUGCCCAGAGAGGUUCUGCAACAGUGUCAUUUGCAGAUCUGGCCAAAAUAAAUGCCAUUAUUUCAGGAGAGAAAAAGUAGUUUGUCUGUACUGGAUCUUUAAAGAAGUUUGUAUUGGAGAUAUUCCACAGUUGUCAGGUUUUUCCUGUUAAUUCACUUUAAAGAGCUAAUAAAGCAGUUAACAUAAAUGCAAUCCUGUUUAUUCAGUGCAGUAUCAGUAAGAGCAUAACAUAGGAUCCAUAAACAUUUCUAUAGGAAGAUGUUACCUGUACUUUAAUAGAGGGGGUGAAACUUAUUUUUUGGUAGUUUUCAGAUAUGUCUGUUUGCACCAUUUCAGUGAUAAGGAUUGCUCUAACAGAAAUAAUGUCUUGUAAAAAUAUUUGUGUACUCUGGGAGUAAUAAUAUUAAAGAGAGUAUUUGCCUGGGGUGGUGAACAGGAUUUCAGCUAAAGUAAAGAGGAGGAAAAUCUGCAAAUACUCAUAUCCAGUUUAAUAUAUAAAUAGUCUGAAGAUCUGUUUGUUUUUCUUUGUGGGCCUCAAAAUAUGGGUAAAAACACUUGCCCAUCAGUUGUUGAAAUUCUCAUGUUUAACCGUCCUAUAAAAAUAACCUUACCUGUGAGAGAAGAUACCUUGCAACAAGGGAAAGAUGCAUUGCCUAAAGUAACAUUGAAGAUACCCAAAUAUUACUUUAAGGGCAAGAAGAAUACUAAGGUGGCAGCCUGACAACACUGCUAUUCAGUCUAAGGAGCUUAUGCAACAUUCUGUCAUGGAGUCUAUGUGGUGGAACCCAUGUAGAAAACAUACGAGUUAUAAGUGAAGCAGAGUAGCUUGUUAGUAACAGUUGAGUAAGUAUUCAACACUAAAUUAGUUUUGUGAAUCCUAAUGUCAGGGUUCCAAAUAGGAGAAAACAUCUUCUAUGACUCUCAAAGACAGAAACUUCUCUCUCCUGGCUGAGUAAUGUCAUUGACAUCUUGGUUUAGAGUUAAUAGGUAUUUUUCUGGGUAGCAUGUGGCAUCUGGUCUCUACUGUUUAAUGUAUCUGAUUUAUGACAGUUUAUUUCAGCAAGUGCCAAGAAAAAAUUGUCUGUCAGCCACCUUUAUUUUGGAAUCCAGAAUUCCAAGCAACCAGAAGAUACUCAUGUUAAAGCUGGUAGUUGUUAAUUAACUUUUCCUGCCCUCCUCUCACUUUCCUCAAGUUGCUAAGUCUUUUAAUGUGUAUCCUGUAGUAUUUGACGACAAAUGAAGUUUCUGAUUGAAUUCUGCAUUGGUGGUAGACACUUGUCAAAAAGCAUAAAGAUCUUUAGCCUAAGAGCAUGAAUUAGAUGUUUUAAGUAAUAAUAUCCUUUUUCUUCCCAAUAACAAAAAGCUGUAUUUUGCCCUGUCUGAUUCUUACAAUAUAAACAGUAAUAAACACAAAUUAUCUGUCAACAAA